AUGGCCGUCCGUGCUUUGAUGUAUACCCUCCUCGAACUUCCCCUGGGUCUACACGACGUAGGUGUGGUGUUGCACUCGACCAUGAGCAUCGAAGGGGUUGCCUUCCGCCCGCCAGCUCCAACACUACAACACCACCUUCCACCUUUCAACUUCGUCCUGCUCUUUCUUCAUCCAUAUACUCCACGGCACUUGAUGAUCCCAACCCUCAUUGGCAUGAUCAGUGGACUUCCGUCCGCACCUUCGGAAGAGACUACACCCCGCACCUUUGACGCAAAGAGCGGCCUCGCGGACGACCAGAGACCAGAGAGCGCAUCCCAGCUUCGGUACACUUCCUGUGUUUUGGCUGCCAACGAAGGCAAGACAUGA